GUCUCUCUGCGUGCUACAACCUGGCUUCCUCGCUUCUGGCGUGCAGCCCGAUCUUCUCUGCUUUCCAAUCGAAGCUUAUGGCGCACUUCUUCGAGACCACGCUGAACUAUGGCGGUGCUCAGUACAUUCCAACAGGACGGGGCUUGGCGACCCAGAGGGAGCCCUUUGUGAAGAACUUCCGAUGCUUCGCGCCUACUCACCUUUACGACGCCAUGGAGGUGAUUGUGCUGCUGGUCUUCAGCGCCGGUGUGGAUUAUGGUGCUGGCUUCUACCUAUGCACGUCUUUCUCUUCCGCAGCCUGGGUGGUGUCCCCGUUGCUCUUCAAUCCAAGGCAGUUCGAGUCCAAAAGCCAAGCGCUGCGGGACAUCUCCGAAUGGAUGCUUUGGAUGACGAACUCUGAGCCCAAGGAAGAGGCUUCUUGGUGCGCUUGGCAGAUCAGCUUGCAAGAGGAAGCAUGGUGGGAUUUGAUCAACCCGGACUCGAAAUUCGAUGAGCUGAUAGAGCGGCUGGCUCCGGGAGCUUUCGACAGAGCCCUGGGCUUGCAGAACGGCUUGUGUGUCGACUUUUGUCAAUGUGAUUACCAGUCAUGGGAGAAGAUAGUCGCGAAGGGGCAGGCCAUGUCGAUCAAGGAGAGACGUAAAGCCAAGAUCCGGCUUAAGAGCCUUGAGGGCACCGCGAACAUCUACCGGUACGAUGUACUGGAGCCUGCCUUUGUUCAUCGCAUCCACAAAGGAUGCUUAUACAUCAUGAUGCCGAUGAAAGAGCCCACAGCACAUGCAGAGGUGUUCGAGCAGAUUGCUGAGCUAACGGACUCCUGCAGCCCCUUCUUGGCGGAGGAGGUGGUCACUCUCGACACACCUGAAACUGCACUUGCGGAGGCCUAUGGUAGAACCAUGGCUCAGGAGAUCGCUGCUGCAGGAACUCCGGGGACUCCCGGCUAUAUGGCAGAG